AUGUUGGGAAAGCUUCUAAUUACCUCACUCGCCGUUGUUGGCGCGGCCAAUGCCCAACGUAAUCCGUGCAGUGCCACAUCCACAACUGUCGAGUCUCAAGCCGAUCUCGAUGCCCUCCAAUCCUGCACCACUCUUGCAGGUGACUUGGUUCUUGGAACCAAUCUUGUCAUCGCCUCCAUCAACGGUAUUAGAACUAUCAGGGGUGACUUGAUUGCCGCCAACUGUGUCGACCUCCAGCAGCUCACCGCUCCGGAGCUUUCGUCCAUCGAGGGCAAGUUCAACAUGACUUCGUUGACCGUUCUCAACCAGCUCAACUUCAACUCUCUGCGCAGUGUUGGAGAGAUCUACUGGCAGACCCUCCCGGCCCUUAGCACUUUGGGAUUGGCCGCACAGGUUACCCAGGCUUCUAGAGUCACUAUCACCGAUACCAUCCUUGAAUCCCUUAAUGGCAUUAAUCUUGUCACCACGCAGCGAUUCAACAUCAACAAUAACAGGUACCUUAAGGAGGUCACAGUCCAGCUCGCCAACAUCACAGACAGCUUGGCAAUCGAGUUCAAUAGCCCUUCAGUCGCUGCUAGCUUCCCUAACCUCACAUGGGCCAACAAUGCCACAUUCAGAUCUUGCGGUAGCGUCCAGCUUCCCUCCCUUGCCAUUGUCAAUGGCUCUCUGGGAUUCUUCGAGAACACGUUUAAAUCCUUGUCGACGCCUAAGCUGACCGAAGUCGGCACUGGCACCCAAGGUGGUGACAUAACAUUCGCCAACAACGAUGCUCUUGUAAAUGUCAGCAUGCCAGAGCUGAAGACCAUCUACGGAACUCUCCAAUUCGUCAAUGACUCCAACGUUAAUGAAAUUACUGGUUUCCCUAAGUUGUCGGUUGUCCAUGGCUCCAUCGAUAUCAGCGGUGACUUCGAGAAUGCUACCUUCCCAUCUAUCAGAGAUAUCCGUGGUGGGUUCAACCUACAAACCACUGCCGAGUUUGAUUGCUCCGAGGAAUUCGAAAGAUUUGAGGGCAGCAUCGUCAAAGGAAAGUACGUCUGCGAGGGUGUUGUCACAAACCCAGGCACUGAGGGUACUGACCCAACUAAGAACGGAGGAAGCGGUAACGGAGACAAGAAGAACUCUGCCGGAAAGUUCACCGUCAACAAGUCCUUCGCUGCUCUUCCAGCCCUUGCUCUUUUUGCUGCUUUCGUCCUGUAA